CCAGACCGGAAAUGAGGUCAGACAGGGAAACCCCGGCGGGGAGACUCGGCCCGAAAAGCGGCGCCCGUUGGAGGUGGCUGUGGCAGCCGAUGUGGCCUCAUGGAUGAGCUGGUACACGAUUUAGCCUCAGCCUUGGAGCAGACAUCAGAGCAGAAUAAACUUGGUGAACUGUGGGAGGAGAUGGCCCUGAGCCCUCGGCAACAGAGACGGCAGCUCCGGAAACGCAGGGGCCGGAAGCGCCGGUCUGACUUUGCUCACCUGGCAGAACAUGCUUGCUGCUACAGUGAGGCCUCUGAGUCAAGUCUGGAUGAGGCCAUUAAGGAUUGUCGAGAAGUGGCCCCAGUUACCAAUUACAGUGACUCUGAUGACACAAUGGUAGCCAAACGGCACCCAGCUCUCAAUGCCCUAGUUAAGAGUAAGCAACAUUCUUGGCAUGAAUCUGACUCCUUUACUGAAAAUGCACCUUGUCGACCACUCAGGCGCCGGCGGAAGGUGAAACGAGUGACAUCAGAGGUGGCUGCCAGCCUUCAGCAGAAGCUGAAGGUAUCAGAUUGGAGCUAUGAGAGAGGCUGCAGGUUCAAGUCUGCUAAGAAGCAGCGUCUGUCCCGCUGGAAGGAGAAUACGCCCUGGACCUCAUCAAGCCAUGGGUUGUGUGAAUCAGCAGAAAAUAGAACUUUCCUAAGCAAAACAGGAAGGAAAGAAAGAAUGGAGUGUGAAGCAGAUGAACAAAAACAGGGCUCUGAUGAGAACAUGUCAGAAUGUGAAACCAGCAGUGUGUGUAGCAGCAGUGACACUGGGCUCUUCACCAAUGAUGAAGGACGGCAAGGGGAUGAUGAACAGAGUGAUUGGUUCUAUGAAGGAGAAUGUGUUCCAGGAUUCACUGUCCCUAAUAUUCUGCCCAAGUGGGCUCCUGAUCAUUGCACUGAAGUAGAAAGAAUGGAUUCUGGACUGGAUAAACUUUCAGAUUCCACGUUCCUUUUACCUUCUCGACCAGCUCAAAGAGGAUACCAUGCUCGUUUGAAUCGUCUGCCAGGAGCUGCAGCGCGAUGCCUCAGAAAGGGGCGAAGAAGGCUGGUUGGGAAGGAGUCUAGCAUAAGUACUCUGGGUACUGAGAGGAUAAGCCAUAUCAUCAAUGACUCCCGGCAGAAAGAAAAGAAUAAAACAUUGGCUUCUGAUUUUCCUCACAUUUCUGCUUGUGCACAGGAGUUUAACCCGCUUUCUCCCCUUUACUCCCUGGAUGUUCUUGCUGAUGCGUCUCAUCGAAGAUGUUCACCAGCACACUGCUCUGCCAGGCAGCCAAAUGUACAUUGGGGACCACCAUGUUCACGUGACAUCAAGAGGAAACGGAAACCCGUGGCUGCAGCAUCUCUGUCUAGCCCCAGUGCAGUUCACUUGGAUUCGAUGGAGCCAGCCACACCUGCAGCACAAGCCCAGAAGUCCUCACACUCUGAGUGGUUGGUCAGGACCUCUGCCACAGAGAAAGCCACUGACUCAAUUACAGCUACAUUUUUUAAAAUGCCACAAGAAAAGAGUCCUGGAUGCAGCUAGAGAGCACUGUUUACCCACCUGGAGCUGACUUGGUGUUGAAAGAAGCGACAGACUUCGUAUCGUGUAGUCCUUCCCAGUCCUUUUAUCACUGGGACGGGCUCCUCUUCACACAGCGGCAGACUCUUAGAAAAUCAUGUUGUGGGAAUCUUUUUAUUAAGCUAGUAAAGUAUUGAGGCAACAAUUUUAAAAGGAAAAAAAAAAAAAAAAAGGUCAUCCUGUGC